UGGUUGGAACUUGCGAAGCAUGCCAGGCACACAUUACUGUGACGAUGAAACGCAUAAAAUGUAUCAUUUGUAACUUCAUGUAUCAUUCUGAAUGUGUCCGAUUUACUGGCGAUACAACAUCUGCACGAAUGCAAUGGAAGUGCCCUAGUUGCGUGGCGACUGAGCGAAAAGGUGGAGAUAACAGCAAUACACCCGUGCGAGUAGAGAAAACUAGCAAAACUGUGCGAACUGUAGCCGCCGAUUCCGAUAUUUCGGAGUCUGAACGCGAUGUCCCCGUAGCCCCGACUUAUAAUGACCCAAACUUAAUUGUUAGUCGACUUGAACACUUUCUAGACGCAAAGCUGCAAUCGAUUAAAUGCGAAAUAAUCGAGGAAUUAAAAACCACUAUCUUCACCGAAUUGAAAAACGAAAUAACAUCGUUAUCUUCACAAUUUUCUCAAUUGCAGACUUCCUAUAGUCAACUUCAGUUGGAAAAUGACCAUCUUAAGAGUGACGUAUGCGCGCUGCUGGAACGUAUCAGUGUGUCCGAGGAUCAAGUGUCGGAACUGCGUGCACAGUUUAAUAGACAGCAGCAACAGGCGAGAAUGAAUAAUUUGGAAAUUGUAGGGUUGCCACAAACCAGCAGUGAAUCGCCUGUCGAUUUAGUACUGAGCAUUGCUGAAUACGCUGGCGUCGAGCUCAACCGUGGGGAUGUUGACUUUGCACAUCGCGUCCAGCCUCAAAAAGUCAUAGCUGGCAGGCCCAAACCUAUUGUAGUCAAGCUAGCCGACCGUCUAUCUAAAGAUAAAAUACUCUCAGGCCUGAAAAACAAAAAGGGCAUCUGCACCAGAGAUAUAGGCAUCGGUGGAACUGAGAAAAAAUUUUUCGUAAAUGAACACCUAACCCCUGAGAACAAACAGCUGUUAAAGUCAACUAAAAAUUUAGCAAAAGAGAAAGCGUACAAGUUUGUCUGGGUUAGGAAUUGUAACAUUUUUUUAAGAAAAAACGAAGAAUCGCCGGCACUGCACAUUCGUUUCGAAAAGGAUUUAGCCAAGAUAAAGUGACUUUGAACAUUAAAAUAUUAUUGUGUUAUCUUUUAACAGUUAUUUCAAUUAUUCUUAUUCUGUCUUUACUCAAGAUUACUAGCGCCUUUUGUAAAACUCCACAGCAUAAUAAGCGACAUCUUAAUCAUACUCUAAACACUAACACUUGCAUCGAACACUCAACACAUACACACUUUAUUAAACCACACACAAAAUAUAUUCCUUAUCCAACUCGCUCCCGAAUUCACAAAUCAAAUAUCAUACAACAUUGUUACCACACCCACGUCACUUUUAAAAUAAACGUCAGAAUUAUUCCGUCUCGAUCUUCAAGCAAAUGUUACCUUAUAUAUCCGAACAAUUCAGCCUGUCUUACAUUACUCACAAUACUGCCUUGGUAUUUACAUAUAUUACUUUUCUAUAUUUUGGUACUUAUUGCACAUUCAAGGGCGCUAAUACAAUAGAAAUACUAUACCAAAAUGUGCGUGGUCUACGCACUAAAACGAAUGAAUUUAGACAAAACAUACUAAACCACGAUUAUGACUUAAUUUUAAUUACAGAAUCAUGGCUCACUAACGGUAUCUAUGACAGUGAGAUCUGUGACAAUAGAUAUGACAUCUUACGAU